UGUCUCUUUAAGAGCGCGAUGAGUACGGCGGAAGGUGAAAGGGGAAGAGAAAGCAACAAGGCCGCACCCCUGCCCCGCCCCGCGCCACGCUGCGUGAGCUGGAGGCGGAGGCGGAGCUAGAGCGAACCGAGAUCGAGGCUCCUCCGGCUCCGCGCCCCCUGCCCCCCCACCCCACCCCACUUCAUCCUGCCGGAAUCCGAGCCGGGCCAGACGCCUCUGCAACUGUUCCUUUCGAUAGCUGGACGGGAACCUACCGAAUGAAUGGCAACUGUGGAUGACUUAAAAUUUGAAGAAUUUGGCGAUUCAGCCAACCUGCUGCCGGCCCCCCAGGAUGACACCGUCGUGACCAUUGAGGAGCCCAGCCAGAAGCCCCCGGCCCCAAGGGGUCUCCCGAGGGGCUCUGGGAGGGAGGAAGAUGAAGAACUCCUGGGCAACAGCGACUCUGAUAAAACAGAGCUCCUGGCCGGACAGAAGAAAAGCUCUCCCUUCUGGACAUUUGAAUACUACCAGACAUUCUUUGAUGUGGACACCUACCAGGUCUUCGACAGGAUCAAAGGCUCGGUCGUACCCAUCCCUGGGAGAAACUUCGUCAGGCUGUAUAUCCGGAGCAAUCCGGAUCUCUAUGGGCCCUUCUGGAUAUGCGCCACCCUGGUCUUUGCCAUCGCCAUCAGUGGGAAUCUCUCCAACUUCCUCAUCCACUUGGGCGACAAGACUUUCCAUUACGUCCCAGAAUUCCGGAAAGUAUCCAUAGCGGCCACGGCCAUCUACGCCUACGCCUGGCUGGUCCCACUUGGCCUCUGGGGGUUCCUUCUGUGGAGAAACAGCAAAGUGAUGAGCAUCGUCUCCUAUUCGUUCCUGGAGAUUGUGUGUGUCUACGGCUACUCGCUUUUCAUCUACAUCCCCACGGCGAUCCUGUGGAUCAUCCCCCAGAAGGCCGUGCGCUGGAUCCUGGUCAUGGUUGCCCUGGGCCUCUCGGGUUCCGUCCUCGUGAUGACGUUCUGGCCCGCUGUCCGCGACGAUAACCGGAGGAUCGCCAUUGCCACCAUUGUGACCAUCAUCCUGCUCCACACGCUCCUCUCUGUGGGCUGCUUGGCAUACUUCUUUGAUGCCCCCGAGCUGGAUUACCCUCCUGCUGUUGUUACCCCUGUUCCCACUCAGAAGCAGACAGCUGGAACGGUCAAGGUGCGGUGAAGAAGACUCACCCGGGCUGGGGGACGAAGCCUGUUGGCCGUGGCUGUCUCAUUUCCUGGAUUAGGGAAGCCCGGAAGCCCAAGAGACAGGCUGGCUGCCUCCGGCUCCCUGGCUUCUGGAUGCUGCCGAGCCAGAGACCAACCAGCUCCUAAAUAAAUGAAAGGCAGUACGGCCCCACCCCCUGCUCCUUGUCCAGGUCCUCGGUCAUCAUGGCUGGGCCUGGGCGUCUUGAUCACAUGUGGACACGUGUCCACGGCGCCUGGAUUAUUUAUCAUUCUCGCAGGCAGCAGUUCCCAACGCCUUGCAUCCUGCCCAGCGUCUCUGGGCUUCACUGGGUCUCUGAGGGGCUCCCUGUCACCCUGCCUCCUGUGGGGCUGGGGUCGCUGUCUGGGGUCACUGGCUUGAGCUGCGGUGCAAUAAAUACCUCACAGAACGCA